AUGAGUUCUCUUAUAAAUCUCCUAUAAAUUUAUCUCAUUACAGAAUUAGUGCUUACUGGAAUAUGAUUUUACAGGAACAAGUUAAAGAGCCCAUGCUCAGUACCUGCAUUAUUAGUUCCAAUAAAAGAUGGAACCUGACGAAUUUGUGUAGGUAGUUGAGUAAUUAAUAAAAUGACAGUAAAAUAUAUUUCUAUUUCCAAAAUGUGAUGAUAUGCUUGACAUGCUGUGUGGUUUUAGAAUCUUUUUCAAAAUUGACCUUAAAAGUGGGUCUCAUCAAACUUGAAUUCGUCAAGGUGAUGCAUGGAAGACCAAUUUCAAAAUGAAAGAAAGAUCAUAUGAAUGGUUCGUUAUGCAAUGUGACUUAUCUAAUGUUCCGAGUACUUUUAUGUGAAUGAUGACUCAGGUACUGAAGCGAUUCAUUGGACAAUAUUUUGAUAUAUAGUAUCAUAGAGGAAGCCUUUCUAUGAUAUAUUGUAUGUAUAGAUGGCAUCAAAGAGGAUGAAAAAAGUGUUGAAGUUAUUAAAGACUAGUCAAUUCUAAAAAAUAUAGAUGGCAUCAGUCUUCAUGACUUAGCAUCCUUUUAUACAAGUAUUAUUCUAUCUUUCAGUUCAAUUAUGACUCCCAUCAUUUAGUGCAUAAAAAGAGGAAACUUUUAGUUGACAGAUGCAACAAAGAGAACUUUUAUUUUAACUGAAGGAAAGUUAAGAUCUGACACUAUACUAGUACUGCCAAUAUUUGAUAAACUAUUUGAAGUUGAAUGUGAUGCCUCAAUUAUUAGAAUCGAAACUGUAUUACCCCAAGAAAGUCAUCCAGUAGUUUUUUAUAGUGAGAAAUUAAUAAAGUCCCAAAGAAAGUAUAUUACAUACGAAUUAUAA